AGGCUGCGUGCAGCUCACAGGGAGAUGGUACAGCAUCGGCCUGGCCUCCAACUCCAACUGGUUCAAGGAGAAGAGGCACCUGAUGAAGAUGUCCCCCACGCACUCCUCGCCCCCCGCCGAUGGGAACCUGGAAGUCACCUCCACCUACCCCAAGGGUGACAAGUGUGAGAAGAGGAACAGCCUUUACACCAAGACGGAGCAGCCGGGGGGGCUGCCCCUCACCCUGCUUUUGGCCACAGGCCGGACGAAGGAGCUGAGUCCUGAGCGCCUGGAGAGGUUCACCCAGUUCUCCAAGGAGCAGGGCCUGGCUGAUGAUGAGAUCCUGAUCCUGCCCCAGACAGACAAAUGCAUGGUGGACGCUGCCUAG